AUGAGAGCAUCUUGUCCUGAUACUGAAAAGAAUGACUUGGAGAUCGAAAACAGUGACACUGGUAUUUGGACUAUCAAGGUUACCAAUGCGCAUAUCGAGUUUCUUCUCGAUGGAGAAUUAGUGACCUCUUGUGAAGAUGCCUGCCUGAUGAGUGAAGUUCAUGCCACGAAUGUCAUUCAGUUCGGGGCUAAAGAUGACAUAUCCAAAAGUUUUCGAUUGCAACUAGAUCCAUGUACAGAGUACCCAAGCGACUGGAACCAUGUGGAGCCAUCAAGUGCCGGGGAGGAAAUAGACGCUGGAAGUAAAGUAACAGUGGAGUGUAAAGCAACCCGGGUCAACAAAGGAGGCAGUGAGGUCACGUGCACAAGUGGGAACCAAUGGGAGUUUGAGGAGAAACCGGAUUGUGUACUGCAGUGUACGGGGUUUGACGAGACAUACCUCCCCAACAUGUUCAGCCCCUCCCUCCCGGCAUACGAGGGUGCACAAUCGAUGGUCACGUGUUUUGCAGGAACAUUCCAACUCGGAGGAGAGCACGUGGUAUGUGUCAGUGGGGAGGAAUUCAGUUAUGACACAAAGCCAGAUUGCAGGGUAAUAGGAUCGUUCCAUACAAAGACUAGUGUUUUACUUCAACGAGAGUCUUGACGAAAGCCGACUUAAAAAGAACAUAAU